UGCCGUGCCGUGCCGUGCCGUGCCGUGCCGUGCCGUGCCGGGAGCCGGCCCGUGCCGCAGCCAUGUCGGCGCGGACGCUGCCGCUGCUGUUCCUGAACCUGGGCGGGGAGAUGCUGUACAUCCUGGACCAGCGGCUCCGCGCCCAGAGCAUCCCCGGAGAGAAGGCGCGCAAAGAUGAAUGGACAGAUGUGGACAGGAAACGAGUUAUGAACGACAUCAUCACCACCAUGUUCAACAAAAAAUUCAUGGAGGAGCUGUUCAAACCCCAGGAUCUGUAUUCCAAGAAAGCCCUGCGCACCGUGUACGACCGGCUGGCUCACGCCUCCAUCAUGAGACUGAACCAGGCCAGCAUGGACAAGCUCUACGACCUCAUGACCAUGGCCUUCAAGUACCAAGUGCUGCUGUGCCCUCGGCCCAGGGACGUUCUGCUGGUCACCUUCAACCACCUGGAUGCCAUCAAGGAUUUCAUCUCUGACUCCCCUGGCAUUCUGAACCAGGUGGACGAGACCUUCCGGCAGCUCAUUGAAACCUACAGCUGUCUCUCUGAUGGUGAAUUCCAGCUCAUCAGGCAAACACUUCUCAUUUUCUUCCAGGACAUGCACAUCAGGGUCUCCCUCUUCCUGAAGGAUAAAGUGCAGAACUCCAAUGGUCACUUUGUGCUGCCAAUCUCAGGGCCUGUCCCGUGGGGCACAGAGGUGCCAGGGCUCAUCAGGAUAUUCAAUCACAAAGGAGUGGAAGUUAAAAGGGCUGAGUUCACCACUGCUGGAAAUUACUUUAUUCCACAAAGGGAAGGAUCUUUUGAGCUUUAUGGAGACAGAGUCCUCAAACUUGGAACAAAUAUGUACAGUGUGACCCGGCCAGUGGAGACACAUAUGUCAGGAUCAUCCAAAACCCUGGCAUCCCAGGCAAAGGAAAACAUAGCCCCCAACCCUCUGGCUAAAGAAGAGCUGAACUUUCUGGCCCGGCUGCUGGGAGGUUUGGACAUCCAGAAACCUGCUGGUGGUGACACAGGAUUUCGGCUGAAUUUGUUCACAACCGAUGAGGAGGAAGAACAUGCUGCUCAGACCAGACCAGAGGAGUUGUCCUACAAGGUUAUCAACAUUGAAGCCACCCAGGAGCCGGGGCGCCGGGCGGAGCUGUCCCGCAUCCUGGGCGAGCUGGAGGUGGCGGAGCCGCGCCCGGGCAGCGCCGAGAAGGGCGAGGACCUGCUGGCACUGAUGGACGGGCUCUGAGCGGGACACGCGGACACCGCGACGUGGGGACAGCGGGACACUGGGACAGCGGGACGCGCGGACAUCGGGACAUGGGGACAGCGAGACACGGGGACACCGCGACACACGGACAGCGGGACAUGGGGACAGCUGGACAUGGGGACACUGGGACACACGGACACCGGGACACACGGACAGCGGAACAUAGGAACACCAGGGCCUGGAGACACCGGGACACACGGACAGCUGGACAUGGGGACACCGGGACACACGGACCGCGGAACAUAGGAACACCAGGACCUGGGGACAUCGGGACACACGGACAGCUGGACAUGGGGACACCGCGCGGGCUCGCCCCGCCCCUUCCAGCCGUGGGCGGGGCCGCGCGUGCGCGAGGGGCGGGGCGG